GUAGUACAAUAAAGGUGUUUUCUACUGCUUUAAAACUACGCACGAACGUGAACGAAUCCGCCGGUUUAAUAUCUCCACCUGCGCGAGAUCCACAUGAUGAGAAAUUUAUAUUAUGAAUAAAAAUGGAUCUGUUAUAAUAUCCGGAGUUUUAAUAAACUAUAUAGUAAGUCGAAGUAUUCUUUAAAGACGAAUCGGAAUGCUUCGGAAGGAGACCUCCCGGUCAUACCACGAAUUCAAUGACGAGGAAGAACUUCAAACCCCAGACUUCUACCAAGACAAUGACAGUGCCAACGGUGGCCCGGAGGAGCCAGAAGAAUCCAUUACCAGUGUUCUACCAGAGGAGGACACGGUGAACUGCAAUCCAUUUACACUGUUCAACAAGGCCUGUCUGAAGAACGUGUUCACUGUCCUGCUGCUGUUCAUCUACCUGGUGCUGACUGCUGUGGCCGUGUUCCUGGCCUAUCAAACCGUCACUGACUUCAUGGAGAAGCUCAGUCACCCUGUCAUGUCUGUCACAUACAAGGAGGUGGAUGCCUUCUCUCCGCCAGGCAUCGCCCUGUACCCUGGUUCGGCUCAGCUACUGAGCUGUAAACACCACUACCACGCCCAUAUCCCCCCGCUGGUCACCCCAGGGAAGCCCCAGCCAGGAGAUUGUGUCAUGGAGGAAGUGACCUACACUGGCCCCUACACCAACCACACUGUGAAGCAAGCCUUGGUGGUCAGCGGUCCAACAGAUGUCAGAAACAGAGAGUUGAUCUUCCUGCAGUUCAGUCAGAACGAGACAGAAGAGGAUUUUAGUGCCAUCACAUACAUGCUCUUCGACAAAUACAACGACCUGUCCGGGAGCGUGGAUAAAUCAGGGUUCAUGCAGGACUGUGAGAGGAACUACUCCCAUGGUACGUUCUCUGGAGGCUUCAGGACCUGGGUCAAGAUGUCACUGGUCAAGACCUGGGAAGAAAACGAGUCCAUGGAGUUCCGGCAAGAGUCUAGUGUGGUCAAAUAUAAUGACAAGAGGCCUGUAUCAGAGCAAAAAGCCAUCCAGCUUUUCUUUGUUGUGUUUGAAUGGAGGGAUCCCUUCGUACAAGAAGUCAGAGAUAUUGUGACAGCCAAUCCGUGGAAUACCGUAGCCAUCCUGUGUGGCGUGUUCAUGGCUCUGUUCAAGGCGGCUAACUUUGCCAGUUUUAGUGUGAAAUGGGUCAUCAGGAUUCGUAAGAGGCAUCUGAGGAACAGAAACAGGGAACCGACCACAUCGUCUCAGAGAUACGUAGUAACUAAUACUGACAUUAAUAGAAUAGAGGAGUAACUUUCAUUUUUCCCGUGAACAAACUUCUUGGGCAGCGUUUUUUAUUUUUUUAAAUGUUGUUUUGGGAUCAU